GUUUGUGAUGACCUUUUCUAUAAAUUGAUAUGAUUUGGAAAGUAUUGCUCCAAUGAAGCAGUCCAUCAAAAUGGGGAAUACCUUGCUGCUAUUAACUUGUUUGAUGUCUCUUCCUGCACUGUCCCUAAGUGAUCCUCUAUAUGUAAUGACUGCUCCCAAUGUUUUGCGAAUCGAAAGUGAAGAAACUGUUGUCGUGGAAGCCCACAAUGUCAAUUUUGACAUUAAAGUUCAAAUUAUUUUGCUUCUUUUCCCUGAACAGAAGAUCUCAUUACAUUUAACCCAAAUAAAUUUGACAUCAAAAAAUGAUUAUAUAGCUUCUGCCACUGUUAAGAUACCUGCAGAUAAACUUCCAAAGGAAUCCAGUGAGGACCUGUUUGCAGCUUUAGAAGCAACAUCAAAAUAUUUUAAACUGAAAACUGUUAUCCUUAUUUCUCAUCAAAAAGGAUAUAUUUUUAUUCAGACUGACAAACCGAUCUACACACCAACUCAAACUGUGCAUUAUCGCUUGUAUAAGUUGGACUCUGAGAUGAAGCCAAGAAUCGAUUCCCAAGUUGUUAAAUUUGUGAAUCCCCAAGGUAUUGUUGCAAAAGAGGAUGACAAGCUUCCACAAGGAUCUUUUGGAAUUGUUGCACACACCUUUAAAAUACCAGAGAUUGUGAAUAUUGGAAUAUGGAAGAUAGUUACAAGUUAUGCAGAUGCCCCUCAUAUAAAUUUUACAACUCAGUUUGAAGUGAAGGAAUAUGUGUUGCCAAGCUUUGAUGUUACCUUGGAUUCAGAGCAGCUGUUUUACUGCAUUAAUGACACAGAAUUGUACAUUACUGUUUCUGCAAGAUAUACUUUUGGAAAAGAAGUUGAAGGUAUAGCCUUUAUUUUGUUUGGAGUAAUAAAAGAUGGUGAAAGGCUGAGCAUUCCACAGUCACUCAAAACGGUGCCCAUUAAAUAUGGCCAUGGAAGAGCUGCUCUGAAUAAGGGUGACUUAAUUGCCAGAUUCAAGGACAUAAACUUAUUGGUUGGGAGCUCAAUCUAUGUCACUGCAAGUGUUAUUACACAUACAGGAACUGACCUUGUAGUAGCAGAAAAAACUGGCAUAAAAAUAGUUGUCAGCCCAUAUACAAUCUUGUUCACCAAAACUUCCAGAUACUACAAGCCUGGGAUGCCCUUUGACUUGAUGGUCUUUGUCGUACAUCCUGAUGGUUCCCCAGCCAGUGGAGUUCCCGUGAAGGUCGAGAAUGAAGAUGCUGUCAAAUCAGAAACACGCAAUGACGGAACUGCCAAGCUCACAAUUAAUACAUUUGGAGGACAAAAGAAUUUACUUAUAAAUGUUUCAACAGAAAUUUCUAAUACUCCGCAUAAUCGACAGGCAUCUGCAUGGAUGAUUGCAGAGCCCUAUUUGACCAAAAAUGGUUCAACAAACUACCUGCACAUUGGCAUUUCACAAACAAAUCUAAAGCUAGGUGAUGAUUUAUUGGUUACUCUGAACACCAAAACAGACAAUCAACAAGUCAAGGAGCAAAUAAAAUACUUCACCUACUUGCUGAUGAGCAAAGGGAGGAUAGUCAAGUUCAGAAGAGUGAAGAUAAUGAAGGAACAAUCAAUAAUUUCCAUUCAAAUUCCAAUCAGCUCGAACUUAAUUCCAUCAUUCCGACUGAUAGCUUAUUACUAUAUUGUAAAUGGACAAGAGGUGGAAUUUGUCGCCGAUUCUGUGUGGAUUGAUGUAAAGGACACAUGCAUGGGAACACUGAAAGUUUCUGUUGCCCAUGAACAGAAGGAAGCAUAUGGACCUGGAGAUAAGUUGGACCUGAAAGUGACAGGGGAUCCUGGGGCAAGGUUUGGACUUGUUGCUGUGGAUAAAGCAGUAUUUGCACUGAAUAAGAAUAAAAUAGCGCAGAACAAGAUCUGGAGUGUGGUAGAGAAGAAUGAUAUGGGUUGCACUGCUGGAAGUGGUAGAAAUUUCCUUGGAGUUUUCUUUGAUGCAGGAUUAGCCUUUGUAACGAGCACUAACGUCAAGACUAAAACAAGGACAGAGCUGAAGUGUCAACAGCCAAACACACGCAAGCGUCGUGCAGCAAAUUUGCUGGCAGUCAAGUCAGAGAAAUCAAGGAGAUACACAGAUGAACUCCUGCGCAGGUGUUGUGAUGUCGGAAUGAAGGAGAAUGCCAUGCGUUUCAGCUGCAGUAAAAGAGCAAGACAUAUACAACUUGGGAAAGCAUGUGCAGAUGCCUUCACAGAUUGUUGCGAGCACAUUCGCCAAUACAAGGAGUUGUUUCAAAGAACAACAAUGUCUUUAGCCCGAAGCGCUGAUGAAGAUUACUAUUCCUCCAAUCAAAACCAAAGAGUCAGGACUAACUUCCUAGAAAGCUGGCUAUGGAACACUUUUCAUCUUCCACAAAACACAGACAAAGAUGGUCUUGCAUCAUUGACAUUACCUGCAGUCUUGCAAGACACAAUCACUACGUGGGAAAUACAAGCAGUCAGUAUGUCUCCAACAAAAGGAAUAUGUGUUGCUGAACCGUAUGAUAUAAGAGUAACGAAAAAUUUUUACAUUGACCUUCGCCUUCCAUACUCAGCUGUCCGCAAUGAGCAAGUGGAAAUUCGAGCAAUCCUUUACAAUUAUAAUAAUGCAGACAUUCAAGUUCGUGUGGAGUUUCCUUACAAUGAGAAUUUGUGCAGCAAUGCAAAACCAACAAAGAGCUAUUUUAAUCGAGUCAGUAUUCCUAAACAAUCAUCCACUGUGGUCUCUUACGUUAUAAUUCCACUGACAAUCGGAGAAAUACAGAUCGAAGUCAAAGCCAUAGUGCUGCAUUUUAUUGUGACUGAUGCAGUGAGAAAGCCUCUCCGAGUGGUGCCAGAAGGAGUAAAGGUUGAUCUGCCAGUGGAUACAUACAUUUUGGAACCCAAAGGUGAAAUGCAAGUGUUUAAUAUUCCCUUCCAAGUCCCAAAAAAUAUGGUUCCAGAUACACCGCCCGUAACGGAGAUCAGUGUUCAGGGAGAACUUUUAACAGAGGCUAUUGAAAAUACAAUCGAGGCACUGAACCUGAAUAAACUAAUCAAGGUUCCAUAUGGAUGUGGUGAACAGAACAUGGCGACUAUGACACCAUUGAUAAUUUCUCUAGUAUACCUAGACAAGACCAAUCAGUGGAUGAAACUGGGAGUGGACAGGAGAGAAACUGCACUCAAAAAUAUUCAAACAGGUUAUGUCCAGGAACUGUCAUAUCGCAAAGAUGAUGGCUCUUUCUCAGCAUUUCAGAACCGACCAUCCAGCACAUGGUUGACUGCCUAUGUGGUUAAGGUGUUUGCCAUGGCGUUUCAUAUGACCCACAUUGAGAAAACUGUACUCUGUGAAGCUGUGAAGUGGUUGAUAUUAAACAAACAGAAACCUGAUGGUCACUUCCAAGAGGAUGCUCAAGUGUAUCAUGGAGAGAUGACUGGAGGAAUCCAUGAAUCACAGGACUAUUCAUCAUUGACUGCAUUUGUGCUGAUCGCAAUUGUUGAAGCUAAGACUGUUUGCUUGAAUUAUGUUACGUGUUAUGAAGACAGUAUUAACAAAACAGUAGUUUACCUGGAGCGGCACAUAGAUGGCCUUAAUGGAACGUAUGCUGCAGUAAUUUCAGCUUAUGCCCUUUCACUAUUGGGAAGAAACAACAAAAGGAUUGUAAUGAAGUUUGCUUCACUGGACGAAUCGCACUGGCCAGUGGGAGAAAGUGCUGACUCUCUAUACACUAUUGAAGCCACGGGAUAUGCCCUUCUGUUUUUCUUGCAAAUGAAACAGCAUGAGAAAGCUAGUAAAAUAGUGGGAUGGCUAUCACAAAGGAGCGAAUAUGGAGGAGGGUUCACCUCUACUCAGGCAACAAUGGUUGCAUUGCAAGCACUGGCCAGGUACAAGACUGAUACACCUCAGUUCAAGGAAAUGAACUUGGCAGUAACUGUGACAAUUCCUGGCAGGAAAAAUCCCCUUUUCUGGGUAUUGAAUCAACAAACACUACUGAAGAGUAAUACAGCAAAGCUUGAUCUUUUGCAAAAUCUUUCUGUUACUGUACGUGGAAAAGGGCAAGGAACACUAAAAAUUUUUACAACUUAUUAUGCAUUGUUGCCUGAUGAACCCAAGGAAUGUAAACACUUCAGUUUAACAAUAACUCCCGAGGAACUUAAUAAUGCACGGCAACCUGAAGAUGCUGAGAGUACCUUUCUUAUAAAAGUUUGCGCACGAUAUCUUGGUGAAACACCAUCUCCAAUGGCUCUUAUGGAUAUUUCAAUGCUAACUGGAUUCUCUCCAGAUAUCAGUGAUCUUGAUCGUCUGAAAAAUGAAAUAGAGAAUUAUAUAUCAGGAUUUGAACUGAACAAAGCAUUAUCCACCACAGGAUCUGUGAUCAUUUAUUUAGAUUCGGUGUCAAAUACUGAAGACACUUGCAUUGGAUUUAGAGUGCACCAGUACUACAAAGUUGGAUUUAUUCAGCCAGCCUCUGUCAAGAUCUAUGAAUAUUAUGAUACAACAAAGAGUUGCACUAAAUUUUACAAUGUCCCUGGAAACAGUACAAUGCUUCAGAAAAUCUGCCUAGGUGAUGUGUGCAAAUGCUCUGUGGGAAGAUGCGUGUCAUUAAAAACAAGUGAAGAAGACCUUGAAAGGCGUGUUGACAUAUCGUGCACAUCAGGAACAGAGUAUGUUUACAAAGUGACAUUUCUUGAGAAGACAAAAAAAGAGAGUUUCAUAAACUUCAAAAUGAAAAUUCUGACUCUCAUCAAACUAGGCUCUGAUCAAGUCAAUGAAGAGGAAAUAAGACAACUAAUUACACCUGUGGUCUGUGAUGAUGCAUUGAAAUUGGAACUGAACAAGGAGUAUCUAAUAAUGGGAAGCAGCUCAGAUCUGUGGUACACUGAGGGAAAAGUGAAGUAUCUGGUUGAUGAAAGCACUUGGAUGGAAAAAUGGCCAAAUGAUGCAGAAUGCCAAGAGCGAAAGUACAGACGACUCUGUGAAGAUCUAGAAUUAUUUUCUGAAAACCUCCGGUUUCACGGGUGUCCAUAUUAACUACAUUACAGAUUGAAAUAAGUGGAUAAAAACACAUGUGCAACAAUUCCCAAUGAAAGCUUCAUUAUCAAAUUUGUAAAAUUCAAUGCUGAUCUUUUUCCACUGUACAAAAUAUGUUGUUAACAUGGUGUUUAAAUGUCCAAUAAUUACAGUGUUGACGUGGUUUAUUGUGCAGAAUUAAGUUUGCAAUCUUUUAUAGCUAGAGGUAAUUUGUUAAGAAUAUGACAUUAAAGGACUUUACCU